GCUUCUUAGCCAACCAAACGCGUAUGCCCUACCAAUUCGCGGAGUGAUCCGACACCUUAUCGGCGCUGAGUGGAGACCAUGCGGGAGUCCGAUGACGGCUCACCAGUCACCACCCACGCUAGCGACUCUCCGGUAGUAAUGCUCAGGCUCUCCUAGUAACAGACUGGCCUACCUGGUGUUGACGAUUAUUACGGUUCAGCUUUUCUCGCCUUUCGAAUCGCACCAUUCUAGCCAAAACGCGUUAGCCCUGAGGGGUACUUUAGCAAACGCCCUUGGAAGGGGAAACCGCAAUUACGUCAUGGCGUCUACACGAGAGACCUGGUCGCUGACCGAGCAUCUUCUCGCAACGCAUCAAGACCUCUACAAGUCGGCGACGCAGCACCCCUUCCUGCUCGCUGGCGCCGAAGGACGUCUGCCCAAAAACAUCCUCAGCCGCUGGCUGGCCAGCGACAGGUUGUAUAUCCACUCCUACAUACGAGCGGCAGGUAAACUGCUCGCCUCCAUCGACCUCCCGCAGCAGGUUUUCAGAUCGCAAGAAGCAUUUGAGACCCAACUCGCCGACUGGCUCAUUGAAGCGCUGGUUGCCAUCCGCAAGGAAGAGCGCUUUUUCAUCGACGUCGCAGAUCGUUACGACCUGGGAAUUGACAUUGCCAUUCCAUUACCUCCCGCUUCUCAGACCGCGGCUUCGUCCCAAAGAUCUUCUGGGACUACUACCACUGAAAGCAAGGAUGGAAAACCGCCCGGUCUAGCAAUGAUGGAAACCAUCUUUGCCUCAGUCGGAGCCCCCAACGCAUCAUCCCCUGUCAACGAGAGCAAGCUCCCGGGCCUCUCCCUAGUCCAGUCCUUCCUCACGACCACAGCAGGCCCCAGCCCGCCAGCAGUCCUGCCCUGGCUCGAAGGCGCCCUGAUAUUCUGGGCCACCGAGCGCUGCUACCUGGACGCAUGGUCCUGGGCGCGCGAAAAGGCCCAUAACCGCGGGCAGUCCUCUUCGAGCCAUCCCGAGGAUGCCGACGGGGGUGCGCUGCGCAAGGAGUUCAUCCCCAACUGGAGCAGUCCCGAGUUUGCACGGUUCGUGGACAAGCUGGGGGGGUUGAUCGAUGCCGCUGUUGCGGAGGUGUUGGCACAGAAGGAAGGGGCCGAGAAAGACACGGCCAAGGCGGAGAUUCUGGGACGAGUGGAGGGGAAGUGGAAAUCGCUUUUGGAGGCCGAGAAGCAUCCCAGUGAAGCGACAUCUUCCAAGCUCAUCCAAGUGCUCAACAGAAUUGACACCACGCUCUCAACGCUAGACCAGCGCCUUCAAGCGCUCGAGGACUCAUGGAACGCUCUCCCCUCCCGGAGCAGCAGCAGCAUCGCCACACCGGUCGGACAGCCAAAUGGUGUCCAGCGUACUCCUAAAACAACAGAGAUCAUCAAGCAUACGCAUACUGGCUUUGUCACUAAGCACCAGGUGAACCCUGACGGAUCUACACAGCUCCAGGAAAUCAUUGUGGAGGAGGGCGAGCUCUUAUCGCUGCUCUUGCGAAUACCUAGUCCAUGCCUCAACCGCCACCAGACUGAGGAACGCGGCCAUCUAGAGCACAAAGCGUUCAGGUUUCCACUUGCACAGCUUCUGCCCUACCGGAACAUUCUCAGGUUCAUCGAACGCACUGGGCGACUGGACAGCGAGCUUCGGGCACUGUAUUCAAACCAGAUGCUCACUCCCCAGCUGACCCAGGCCAUUGCGGGCCUGUUGGCUUGCUGUGAUGCCCAUUCCGCGGAAUCCGCCAACAUUUGGGGCGUGGACGCCGCACGGGGUUGGGUCCUGUUUGACGAACUACCCGGUAUCUUUGCCCCCGGGACAUUGCUUAUUGAGUCCGGGGAUGCUGGGCGAGAACAGAUUAUCGAGGUCUCAUCUUGCCACACGGUCGCGGCGUCGGCGUCGGAAGCCUGCGUGAUAGAAGGUUGGCAUUUCAGAUGGGACGGCGCGGCCUUCUCCAGGACGUGUGUUCGCUUUUCCAUCGACAGUUACGGUGGAGCAAGACCGGUCGAUGGUCUGCUCUACCAUCCUAUCGUCGGAUCAGAUCCGGACAAAUCCAUCGAGGUGCUUGAGAGGCUGGUUUGUAGGAAGAGAGCAGCCCUCGAUAUACUGAAGGCCUUGUCGAAAGUCGAAGUUGGUGACUUCCCUCUGUGCAAGUGGAAGUCACCCUCGUCGCAGGGGACGGCAUAUCGAAAGCCGGCCGGCGAACAAGUUGUUCUCGACCCUGAAGCCUUCCUCGCGAAUAACAAGGAUGGAUCAAUUCCGGGCUCCACGUUCUGCUGCUAUUGUACGACUUGCACCACUUCGAUGAGCUUCGAGAAUCUCUCGAGAAACAUCCGAUAUCUCUUACUGUCGCCGACAAGAGUGGGCGGAUACCUAUUGGGGAGUAAGAGAUGGGCCACGCUGGCCAUCGACGACCUUCAGCCCGGCGAACUGGGAUACGCAGAUAGGUCCCUGGAUACAGAGCUCGAUGUUCUUCAACUUGACAGGUCUUUAAAAGCAUCUAUCAAGAACGACUUUGUUCGGUACUUUGCUGAGCGCAAGAAGUUUAUGGAUAAGAAGGAGAAAAGCGGUGACGGAUUCGUCCACGAUUAUGGACGCGGACUGUUUUUUCACUUUCACGGAGCUCGCGGUGUUGGCAAGGGCCUCUUGACGGAAUUGCUAGCGGCUCAUUGCCGUCGUCCGAUUCUUCUUCUCCGCCCUGCUGAUUUAGGGUUGGAACCUAGACUGUUCAGCGAGAACUUGUCGUAUUAUUCGGAACUGAGCUGCCACUGGGGAGCAAUUCUUGUGUUUGCCAAAGCAAAGUAUCUAUUGCAGCCGAGAAAGCCGGACGAUAUGACAGGAAAUGCUUUGCUAGCAGCCCUCACACACAAGCUCAAACGCUUUGAUGGAGUCAUCGUCUUCCAGUCCAGGGACGUUACAACACUCGAUCGUGCGUUGGUGCCAUAUAUCCGCCAGGUUGAGAUAACUCUUCCAUCCCCUAAAGGCGUCAAGGAAACCAUCUUUAUUACCGAACUUGACCGAGUUGAGCAACAUGGCUCAAUCUCCACCGAGACAAGGGAAGAAAUUGUGCGUUGGAUCAAACGCAAUGCGGAAAACCUAGGGCUAUCAGGCCGUGAUGUCAGGGAGAUAUUCUCUGGCGCGGUUGGCCGAGCGAAUGCACAAGAUCGCAGCUUGACUCUGGACGACAUUCUCGAGGCAUACAGCGCAAGGACCGGACGGCCGAAUGAGUGGGACUUCGUUACCGAAACAUCGGCAUGUGACAAUGCCGCUUCUGCAGUGGUCAACGUGGCUCCCGAGAUUACCGAGUCCCUGCUAGACGCCUUCGGCGACGCCUGCUGUAUCCCCGAUGAUGGACGGCUCCCGCUCAGGUUCUCCAAAUCCUUCUACUCUUCCAGGACACCGGACCAGGGAAAGCCAAUAAUCAAAUUCGUUGCAAGACUGACAAACGCGUUGCAGGAAGAGGGCCGGUUGAAGGUUGUUGACUGGGGAUGGCCGAGAGGAUUGUGGGCUCCAACAGAGGGCUGUGUAUAUGAGCCGCGACGGGGACGCAGAACGAGUAACGCUGCUCAGGCGCCGCUACAACAGCGAGGCCAAGACGAGAAGUUCACGUGUGGGUUACGACACCUUAUUGACUCGGACGAGCAUCGCGAGGCGAGGUGCGGUAAACCCUGGCGGAGACUAGUGCUCAUCCAGGGACUCGAAGCCCUUGAUGACGCCAUGUACGCCAUAUUACGCAUGCGCGACCCCUUUUUCAAUUCGGCGUGGUUUGAGUUUGGCGCGUUUGGAGAGUCACGCCGUUCCUUCGAGUAUUGUUUCCAGGCACUCGAGUGGCAUGUCUGGGCAAUAACCCCAACUCUGGAGUUUACCUACCGGAAUCCCGCAUCCAUAUCGCACGUACAAUUCCACAUUGCCUUUUUCCAGCUGUUCCACUACAGUAACACCAAGGAUACCUUCAAUACGUUCCGCUUCUUCGACUGGCCCGGUGUCAAGAUGAGGAAAGCUUGCUUCACGAUGUUUAAUGUCCCUCGAACAGUGGAGGAUGUGCUCAUGGACCAGGACGACCCUAUCCAUUGGACCAUCGUGUGCCUCACGCCCGCGUACUCCUGGGAUAACCAGAACGUCUACACCGUAUGCGAGGCCCCUACACUCAGGGCGCAGUCAACCCAUUACGUGGCCGAUGCACUGGCCAGAGUGGUCAAUUGCUGGCUAGGUGUUGCGAGUUGGGUGGAGGCGCUGGCGGACAGCAGCCAUGUCUUGCGGGUGCAAGAGCGCCUUCAAGACAUCCUGUUCGACGACGACGCUUUCUCCAUGUCAAAGCGCUACUUCUGGGCUAUCAACUUCCUUCACGAGGCAAUAGGCUUGCUGGAUGAGACAAUACAGCAGUGGGAACAGUACCGACGCUCGGCCGUAGAGCCAUACAGGAGCCCUUUAAGCGGCCGGGAGGAGUACUGGUACAGGAUGUCUCAGGAAGUGCUUGUAAAGGCCGAGGAGAAGGCGGAAAACGCCUGCAAGGAGCUGAAGCAGGUGCGCCAAAAGCUCCAGGACAAACUGGCACGGAUCACGGUCUUGAGGGACGGCCUUUUCAAUGCCAGCGCCGUCAUGGAAAGCCGAGCCUCGACGAAGCUAGGCGAGAAUGUCAAGCUCCUGACCUUCGUCAGCAUUUUCUUCCUCCCUCUCGGCCUUUGUGUGGCCAUCUGGAGCAUCAAUGAGUCCUACAGCAGAGUCGACCUCGUAAUUGUCACGGCCAUUGUCGCUGUGGCGACAUACCUCAUCACGAUGAAUUUGAACAACCUUGCCCGCGGCCUGCGGAAGACGUAUGGCCCAAAGCGCCGCAGACUGAUUGAACAGAUGGAGCAGGAUCCACGGCCGGAAUGGAGGAUGCUGGGGGACAGAUUCAAGACAUUCCAGCGGUCCGAAAAGGGGCAGAUGGAGCCGUCGGAGUGGAUGAUCGUCAUCUUCUUGCUGAGCCAAAAGAUGGCCGUUUUGAGGGACGCGUUAUCUAGGACGAAGGCGAAGGUCCGCGGGCGCCUAACGUGGUUCAUGAGACACCUACAACGGCGAGGAGCGGCGAGCUGAGCGACAGCAUAUCUAUGUCCUCCUAAGGGCCGGGUUAGAAGUCGGCCAGGCCGCCACAGUCGUUUGUUCGCAGUGGGUUUGGUUUUGGUUCUUCUAGCUCUUAGGAAUUAGGUUGGAUGUGACAACAAAGUAACAGGAGCCUUGCUGUAAGUGUAUUCAAGCCUACAAAUUGAGCACACAGUAGAGAGCCCGGAUAUGAGUGUACCCGCGUAUUAUACUUGGUUUCUUCGGAGUCGUCGGCGGGAAUUACUAGUAUUUCUCUCAGCAGUUGGUUGAGCCGAGAUGCCGAGGAACAGAGGGAAUUAUCGCCAGCUCCUGUGCAAAGAAUGGCCUAUGAGGUACAGACUCGCGCCAGUACCUUACAUACCUAAGUCCAUUCGGUGAAUGGAAGGCUCAAAUCGCAGACCACCUCAGGAGGCAGAAGAGUCGAAGACCAGGACUGGUGAGUCCCAUGACAUUAGGUUCAGAAGUGUGACUAAGCUGAG